CAAACGUUGCUGUUCGAAAAAAAAAAAAAAAAAAAAAACACUUUAAAAAGUUGUGGCGACAAGUGUUUGUAAAUACUUUUUUUUUCCCAUCCAGAAUUUAACACGCAAAUGUUGUGCGUUUAAAGUCCUACAAAACACGAAUUUUAAAAUGUUUCCAAGCUGCACAUGAACAUCGAACGCAACACUUCAGUGGGGAGUUUCCUUUAUGUUGACAUGCUGUUUUUUUCUAAUACAGUAUGACGUAUGACAAGCGAGCAGAGUCCACGUUUAUAUGGGCGCCUUUGACAAAUAUCACAUGAUAUUAUGGAUACCUUGACUUUAAAACAUUUUAUUUGCCGUCAGGUAUCAAUGUGCAAAAAAACCACGCAAUUCUGAGAACAGUGAUCAUUCAUCAAUAUUGUAUCAUCAUCACAGAUCGGUAGUAAAAUUUACUCAGUGAUAUUUACUCAAGUAACAUUUGAGAUAAGUAGUGUCAGAGUCGUUAUUUAAUGAAGCAUACUUUUAACGUUUACUCCAGUACAGAUGUUAAGAAGAAGCGGUACUCUUACUGUUUUGCAAUAAUCUACUUGUCGUUAACUAAUUUUCAUUUAUCAAUAAUUGUGUGCACGAUUUAUUUUUAGACUUUUUGUUUGGACUUCCGCGUCGGGUGCAGUGACGUUCGACUGAAAUUCUCCAAUCAAACCACAGAAAAAGUCACAUGCCCGCACGCAAACGUCUUCUUUUGGGCUUCGCGGGCCACUCAAAGUGCGUGGUGACAGCUGUGCAAGGAUAUUGUUUAUUUUGUUUUAUUUUAUUUCUUUUAAAAAGGCUUUAAAAUGCAGGGUAGUUUUGGAAAAGCCCAAACGUGGAUUUAUCUAAGCUCUUCCACUUCUUGAGAAAACACCUCGCGAUGCACGUAGAUAUUAUGUGGAGGAGGUUCAUCAUGUUCACGUGCAUCACUUGAGGAAUUUCUUGAGUUUGGAAGAGAGAAGGAGGAGGAGGAAGACUGGCGGAUGCAGGCAUCUGUGGCGGAUUCGAACCUGCGAUUCCUCCGAUGACACGGUUGCGCGUACUCGGAUCGCUGGAAGAGAGAGGGGGUCGAGGAGGAGGAGGUGGAGGAGGAGGAGGAGGAGGAGGAGACACUCCCUGCGCCCGCUCAGGUUGUCCGUGGCCACGGUGACAUCGCGUCGACUCUCUACUAAAGGACCGCGCGGCGUGUGGGCAAGGUACGCGCACACGCCUGCGCCCCAAAAAGUGUGUGACACGUGCAACAGGAUUGCAACCAGUGGGGACACUCGUGCGUUUGGAAUACCUGACAGGAGAACCGUUUUGGAUUUUCACCAGAACUGUUCCAGACUUCAACAGUGGAUCCGGAUUUCUUCUCCCCCCCCCCCCCCCCCCCUGAUUCCGGAUUACCAGGAUUUAUUCUUCUUCCUAUUGUUGUAUUUUUUAAUUUUUAUUUUUUUUGCAGCACGAUCGUGGCGGUUUCAUGUCGGAUGAGAGGAUCCCACUGUUGCCAUGACGAGCGAGGAGGAGGAGGAGGGCCCCUCGAUGGUGGCGACCAUCACCCGGGUGACCAGGGUCGAUGAUGUCAUUGACGCCUCCUCCCCCCACCCGUACCAACUGGAUGAGGAAGAAGAAGAAGAGGAGGAGAAGGAAGAUAUCGAGGAAGAGGAAGUGGACCGCGAUGACGAUGACGACGGCGACGGCGGCAGCAGUGCCACGAGCGUGCUGGUGGUUCCCUAUCCCGAACUGGUACCUGUGGUGUUCUUCUGUCUCAAGCAGACCACCUGCCCUCGCAGCUGGUGCAUCCGCAUGGUCUCCAGUCCGUGGUUCGAGCGAGUGAGCAUGAUGAUCAUCCUGCUGAACUGCGUCACGUUAGGAAUGUACCAACCCUGCCAGAACGUCGACUGCUCCUCCGACAGAUGCCAGAUCCUGUCUGCCUUCGACGCCUUCAUCUACAUCUUCUUCGCCCUGGAGAUGGUCAUCAAGAUGGUGGCGCUAGGAAUCUUCGGCCCACGCUGUUACCUUGGCGACACCUGGAACCGCCUGGACUUCUUUAUCGUCAUGGCGGGCAUGGUGGAGUACUCACUGGACCUGCAGAACAUCAACUUCACGGCCAUCAGGACGGUCCGAGUCCUGCGACCGCUCAAAGCCAUCAACAGAGUGCCAAGCAUGCGCAUCCUGGUCAACCUGCUGCUGGACACGCUUCCCAUGUUGGGUAACGUCCUGUUGCUGUGCUUCUUCGUCUUCUUCAUCUUCGGCAUCAUUGGCGUGCAGUUGUGGGCGGGGUUACUGAGAAACCGCUGCUACCCUGAGGAGAAUUUCACGCUGACAACGGGCAUCCACCUUCCGCGUCCGUACUACAUGGCGGACGAGGACGACGAGCGUCCGUUCAUUUGUUCCCUGCCGGUGGACAACGGCAUCAUGUCGUGCCGGGACAUGCCGGCGCGGCGCGAGGGAGGCCGUACGUGCUGCCUGGACAAAGACGAUGUCCUCUACCGCCGAUCGCUGGGCCUGGACGCGGAGCCGCGGCCGAACGGCAGCGCCGGGGCGUCGGGCCUGUGCGUUAACUGGAACCAGUACUACACCAGGUGUCACACCGGAUUCAGCAACCCGCACAAAGGAGCCAUCAACUUCGACAACAUCGCUUACGCCUGGAUCGUCAUCUUCCAGGUGAUCACGCUGGAGGGCUGGGUGGAGAUCAUGUACUACGUGAUGGACGCGCAUUCCUUCUACAACUUCAUCUACUUCAUCCUGCUUAUAAUUGUGGGCUCGUUCUUCAUGAUCAACCUGUGCCUGGUGGUAAUCGCCACGCAGUUCUCGGAGACCAAGCAGCGCGAGCACCAGCUGAUGCAGGAGCAGCGAGCGCGAUGCUCGUCCUCGUCCACGCUGGCUAGCGAGCCCGGCGACUGCUACGAGGAACUCUUCCAGCUCCUCUGCCACGUCAUCCGCAAGGCCCGCAGGCAGGCGCUCGCCCUCUUCAACGCCCUGCGCGGCAAACCCCGAGGGUUCCGCGGCGUCGGAAGGGGCCGGCGAGGGGGCGACGCCAGGGAGCGCAGGGCCAACGGGAGGGGAGGGCGGACGGGGCGCGCCCUUACGCGACCUGGCCCACCAAGCCACCACCCGGACAAAACCAACCACGCCCGUUCUGCCGAGCCCCCCGCGCUCACCGACGGAGUGACCCCCGUCACGGGCGAGGGGGAGGCGACGGAGGGCGUCGUCGUCAAGGACUGCCGCGAAGGCGCCGGCGAGCGCUGCGCGAGGCUGUGGUACGACACCAGGAUGAAGCUGUGGGGCAUCGUGGAGAGCAAAUACUUCAACAGGGGCAUCAUGAUCGCCAUCCUCAUCAAUACCAUCAGUAUGGGCAUUGAGCAUCACCAGCAGCCAGAGGAGCUGACCAACGUUCUGGAGAUCUGCAACAUUGUCUUCACCAGCAUGUUCUCCCUGGAGAUGAUCCUCAAACUCACCGCUUUUGGCUCCUUCAACUACCUGAGGAACCCCUACAACGUCUUUGACGGCAUCAUCGUCAUCAUCAGCGUGUGGGAGAUCGUGGGCCAGUCUGACGGCGGACUGUCAGUGCUGAGGACCUUCCGGCUCCUGCGGGUCCUCAAGCUGGUCAGGUUCAUGCCGGCUCUGAGGAGGCAGCUGGUGGUUCUCAUGAAGACCAUGGACAAUGUGGCCACUUUCUGCAUGCUGCUCAUGCUCUUCAUUUUCAUCUUCAGUAUUUUGGGGAUGCACAUCUUUGGUUGCAAGUUCAGCCUGAAGACAGAGACGGGAGACACGGUCCCCGAUAGGAAGAACUUUGACUCCCUGCUGUGGGCCAUCGUCACGGUCUUCCAGAUUCUAACUCAGGAGGACUGGAACGUGGUCUUGUACAACGGCAUGGCGGCCACCUCACCACUGGCGGCGCUCUACUUUGUGGCCCUCAUGACCUUUGGGAACUACGUCCUUUUCAACCUGCUGGUGGCCAUCUUGGUUGAGGGUUUUCAGGCAGAGGGCGACGCCAAUCGUUCCUAUUCCGACGACGACCGAUCCUCCUCCAACUUUGACGAGAGCGAGAAGCACGAUUCCAUUAAAUUGUCGGACCCCAGGAUUUGCACCCUAAUGCCCAACGGCUACCUAGAACUUGGCGGCCUUGCAGGGUCACAUUGUGGCUCGCACUCCUCCGAGAGGCGGAGCUUCACUGCCGAGUCCCGAAACAGCAGUGUGAUGAGUGGGGGAAAGGGGAGCCUGGAGAGACGAUCCCUCUCGCUGCGUCACGGUCGCAGUUCCACCUACCACAACUGGGGACGUCCUUUUCAUCCUCAGUCUGCGUGGAGCCGCAGGUCCAGUUCCAACAGCCUGGGCCGCAGGAACUACGGCUUCGGUGGGGCUCCUCUGGUGGGGGGGAGCCUCCGCGUACACAGCUCCCGCACCCCUUACUCAUAUCCCCACCCCGCCGAGCAGGAGUCCCUGCUCUCCCGGCCACCACACCUCCAUCAUGCUCCACUCCUUCACGGUCCUCCGCCGGCCGGACUCUUGCUGUCUAGAAGGGACCGCCGGGCUCUGUCCCUGGAACUGCCAGAGCUACACCAGACUAGGGGACAGGGGGGCUGCCCACCUCCCACAAAUGCCACUGUGGACUCCAGGAAGAGAAGCAGGGGGUCUGUCACAGCGGGUUCCGGGACGGGAAGCGGCGUCGGGACGGACCACCGGGAUUGUAAUGGCAAGACUCCCGGACCCCACAGUCUACUGAUGGUUAAUGUUUUCCCACAAGUCAACGCACGCAAGGAGAGAGCGGAUCUAGAUGAAGAGACUGACUAUAGUGUUUGUUUUCGCAUGCAGAAGAUGAUUGAGGUGUACAAGCCGGACUGGUGUGAGAGUCGAGACGAUUGGUCCGUCUACCUCUUCUCCCCACAGAACAAGUUCAGGGCACUCUGCCAGUCAAUCAUUGCUCACAAGCUCUUUGACUACGUGGUCCUGGUCUUCAUCUUUCUCAAUUGCAUCACGGUGGCUCUAGAGAGGCCCAGGAUCCUCCAAGGCAGUCUGGAAAGGCUUCUCCUCACCAUUUCCAACUAUGUCUUCACUGCCAUCUUUGUGGCCGAGAUGACCCUCAAGGUGGUGUCCAUGGGUCUGUACUUGGGCGAGACGGCCUACCUACGGAGCAGCUGGAACAUUCUGGAUGGCUUCCUGGUCUUCGUGUCGCUCAUUGACAUCGUGGUGUCCAUGGCCGGUGGUGCUAAAAUCCUCGGUGUCCUCCGCGUCCUCAGGCUACUGCGAACUUUGCGCCCCCUCAGGGUCAUCAGCAGAGCUCCGGGUCUGAAGCUGGUGGUGGAGACCCUCAUUACCUCUCUCAAGCCCAUUGGAAACAUUGUCCUCAUAUGCUGUGCCUUCUUCAUCAUCUUUGGAAUUCUUGGAGUUCAGCUGUUCAAAGGCAAGUUCUACUACUGCGUGGGUCUCAACGUGAAGAACAUCACCAACAAGUCGGACUGCCUGGCUGCCAACUACCGAUGGGUGCACCACAAAUACAACUUUGACAAUCUUGGUCAGGCUUUGAUGUCCUUGUUUGUACUGGCCUCCAAAGAUGGCUGGGUGAAUAUCAUGUAUCACGGACUGGAUGCGGUGGGCAUCGACCAGCAGCCAGUGAUCAACAACAGCCCCUGGAUGCUGCUUUAUUUCAUCUCCUUCCUGCUCAUCGUCAGCUUCUUUGUGCUCAACAUGUUUGUGGGCGUGGUUGUGGAGAACUUCCACAAGUGUCGCCAACACCAAGAGGUGGAAGAGGCCAGGAGGCGUGAGGAGAAGCGCCAGCGACGCAUGGAGAAGAAGCGGCGCAAGGCCCAGAAGCUUCCUUACUUCGCCUCCUAUGGCCCGGCAAGACUGGCCAUCCACACGCUGUGCACCAGCCACUACCUGGACCUGGUUAUCACCUUCAUCAUCUGCAUCAAUGUCAUCACCAUGUCACUUGAGCACUACAGCCAGCCUCAGUCUCUGGAGACGGCACUGAAGUACUGCAACUACUUCUUCACGUCCACAUUUGUCAUUGAAGCGACGCUAAAGCUUGUGGCCUUCGGAUUUCGACGUUUUUUCAAGGACAGGUGGAACCAAUUGGAUCUGGCCAUCGUGUUGCUGUCGGUGAUGGGCAUCACGCUGGAGGAGAUUGAGAUCAACGCCUCUUUACCGAUCAAUCCAACAAUCAUCAGGAUUAUGAGGGUGCUCAGGAUAGCGAGAGUGUUGAAGCUGCUUAAAAUGGCAACCGGGAUGAGAGCUUUGCUGGAUACUGUCGUCCAAGCUCUGCCUCAGGUGGGAAAUCUGGGCCUGCUGUUCAUGUUGCUCUUCUUCAUCUAUGCUGCCCUCGGUGUGGAGCUCUUUGGAGAGCUGGUGUGCAACAUUGACUAUCCGUGCGAGGGCAUGAGCCGUCAUGCGACCUUCGAGAACUUCGGAAUGGCGUUUCUCACCCUCUUCCAGGUCUCCACGGGCGACAACUGGAAUGGAAUCAUGAAGGACACCCUCCGCGAGUGCCCUCCGGGGCGUCCGGUCGGCGACUACGGCUGCCACGCGGGGCUCCAGUUCAUCUCUCCUUUGUACUUCGUGUCGUUCGUCUUGACGGCCCAGUUCGUCCUCAUCAACGUGGUGGUGGCCGUGCUCAUGAAGCACCUGGACGACUCCAACAAGGAGGCGCAGGAGGACGCCGAGAUGGACGCCGAGAUCGAGAUGGAGCUGGCCCAGGGCGGCCUGUGCUGCAUAAUGGGUGGCAUCGGGGCCAUCGCGGGGGCCACGGGUGGGGCUGUCGGCGGAGUGGGCGGCGGAACAGCGGCGGGUGCAGUCGGGGGGCAGAGCGGAGCUUUGAUGACGCUGCCAAAGGAGGGAGGCGGUGGUGGAGUCGGGGCUCCUCAGGAAGGUCACACGAACCACAGAUGUCGACUUUAUUCUCCUGCUCAGGAGAGCCAGUGGCUGGACAGUGUUUCUCUGCUCAUCAAAGACUCUGCAGAAGGCGAUAUGAUUGACAACCUCUCUGGCUCAGUCUUCCAUCAUUACUCCCCCAUUUGCAAGGACAAUGAUGGACACACACAAGAGGUCUGUCUGGCGGAGGUAGAGAGGAUGUCACUGAUGUCGGAGCAGCUGUCUGACAAAUCAUCAUCACCAGCGCUGCCCGAUGAUCUCAGCCUGGAUGAACAGAACAGCUACCAGAUGCUAAAAGAAGGAAGCCAGGAGACCAGCAGUUGUGACUCACACAGUUUGGGUGAGUCAAAUACCGAAAGUCUCUACACAGGAAUCCCUUGUCAAGCCACGUGCAGAAGAGAGGAAGAAGAUGAAGAGGAGGAGGUUCACCAACUCACUGAGGCGACCGUCCAUCCUCACUUGUGUCGGCCUUCGGUGGAACGCCAAAGCCCAACUUGUUGCACAGAUGAGUGCGUAAGCUGCAGAGAUGGAGGCCUCAGGGCUUUGUCGCUCUUCCACCUCCCGGCUGAGUUCUUUCACCCCGCCGCCAACCCUCGAGACAGGGCUCCAUCCCGGCUGGCCUCCUGGGCGUCCCUCCACUCACCCAGAGCCAACAGCGGGACGGUGCGCUCACGGCACCUGUCCCAGAGUGGCUCGUUGUCAGCCGCCGGUAGUCCCGAGGGCAGCCAGGUGGAGGAAGGCCUCGCCUUUAAUGUCUCACCACCCCGGCAUCUUGAUCCACCGUGUCACCCAUCAGAACUCACUCCAGUCCAGCAUGCUCACCCUACAGUGAAGAACCACAGCUCCAAUUCCCACCACCAGGCCGCCAAGGGGCACCAGAGCCCCAGCCUCCCACAACAGGAUUCUGUGGAUUCCCACAAUGAAGACGUGGGGGAGAAUCUGUCCAACACCAACAACAGCCUCUUGCUGACAUGUCAGCAAACAGACAGAAAGAACAGCCGAGAAAGGGACACAAACUCCCGGAAGAACAGAUGAAACUUUGUGUCAUCCCACCAUGCUCAGAACUCUUCCAGUUUGUUCUGUGGUGAGCCAAUGCUCUUGUCCUUGAACUAUCUGUUCUCCGUUGCUCCAACUCCUCGGGAUUAGUCGUCUUAAGAGCAACCUCGCCUUGCUGACUCUGGGAUGACAGGCAAGAGUUUAGAACCUGGGGAUUUAGGCUCUGGAUCUUAAUGAAAAAUGUUCCUGGAACUCCAAAAUCUGCCUGUGGAAUCUGGCAGUGAUUCAGGACUGUGGUUGUUGGAACCAGAAACCGCUUACAGUUGAUGUCCACGUUUUUAAUCGCACUGUCAAUAACAAUGGCAUUGACAGAGAGGUGGAUUCUGUCGAGUACACAACAUUGCCAGGUUAUUUUCUGUGAUCUUGUGCGUGAAUGUCCACGUCUGUCCUCCAAAGAGGUUUCCCACAAAGCGGCCGUGUCCAGUUGGAGAUUUAAAAGGGUUAAAUCGACAUCCCGUAUUGACAAUAGGCGGUUUGAAUUUUUCAGCGUUGAGUCGAGAUUUGUAACAAAGGGAACUGCUGCUUGGUGGCUUGGUGGAAAGUGAACCAUCAAAUGUGAUGGGAAUCAAUUACGUCAGUACCGUUGGUUUCCUUUGUGGUUAUGGUCGAGACUUAUUGAGAGAAAAUGGAUACCCAAAUGACUGCAGACCAAAUUAAACCAAAACCAUAUUGCUGCUUGGUGGAAACAGGUUUUCAGUAACAUUGGUGCAUCUGAAAGCGAACUCCUAAAAGUGGCUCAAAUCAGUUUCUUUUUUAAAUUAUUUAUUUAUUUAACUUUUUUUUCUCUUGACUUUUUUUUCAUGGUUAGGUUUAGACUUUGAAAAACAGAACCCCAAAUAAAUGCAAACCGUAAUGUACUACUGCUUGGUAGAAACAGGUCUACAGUGUCUUUGUGGGUGUGAAAUGAACCGCUAAAAGUGCUUUGGAUGAUUGUUUUCUGUACCUUUAACUUUGUUCACAUUUAAGUCAAGACUUUCGACAGCAAAAGCCCAAAUGAAAAAUUCAUACCACACUGAACCAGACUGCUGGGUUCCUAUUGGUCAGGGAGAGAAUCAGUGAAAGAACAUGGAUACCCAAAUGAAUGUGGACCAUAUUAAACCAUGCUGCUGCUUGGUGCAAACAGGUCUUCUGAGCUCAACAGGUCUGAAAAUGAACCACUCAACAUGGUUUGGAAUUGAUCAGUGAUUCACUAUAUUGCCAAAAGUAAUCGUUCACCAAUCUUGACUCACAUAUGAACUUAAGUGGCAUCUCAUUUCUCAUUCAUAAGGUUCAGUGUGACGUCAGUCCACCCGGUUGCAGGUACUGUAUAACAGUGUCAACUUUUUGGGGAAAACUAUCCACAAGGUUUGUGUGUUUAUGUGCAAUUUUUACAAUUCUUCCUGAAGAGUACUUCUUAGCUUCCAUACUGAUGAAGGGAGAGAAGAUCUGGCUCUCCCGAUCUAAUUCAUCCCCAAGGUGUUUCAUUGUAUUUAGGUCAAGAUUCUGUCCAUGCUAAUCAAAUUCCUGCACACCAGACUCUGUCAUUCAGGUCUUUGUGCACUGGUGGAUGUCAUCCUGGGAAGGAAGAGGAAGGGGCCCAAAAACAGCAUCGCACAAUAAUCCCGUGUCCACUAUAGUUUACACUUGGUUCAGUGCAGUCAGACAAGUUCCAAGCAAGUGCCAAACCCAGACCCGUCCUUCAGAUUGCCAGAUGGAGAAGCGUGAGUCGUCACUCCAGAGAAUAAGUCUCCGCUGCUCCAAAGUCCAGUGGCGGCGAGGUUCACACCACUGCAUCUGACACUUUGCUUUGCACUUGGUUAUGUAUGGCUCCAAUGCAGCUGCUCGGCCAUGGAAACGCAUUCCACUAAGCCCUCUGCACACUGAUGUCGAGCUAAUGUUAAGGCCACAUGAAGUUCGAAGAACUCGGCAGAAACUUGCCGACCUCGCCGCACUAUGCAUCUCAGCAUCGCUUCUGCAUUCUUACAAUACAUAUGACACUCGACUGUGGAAUAGUCAGGAGCAACGAAAUUUCAAAACUGGACGUUUUCCAGAGGUGGCAUCGUAUCACAUUUCCAUGCUGGUUCUGAAAGCAACCCAUUCUUUCUCAAAUAUUUGUAGAAACAGUCUCCGUGCCGAGGUGCUUGAUUUUAUACACCUGUGGAUUCCGAUUAUUUGGAUGGGUGAGUGAAUACUUUUGGCAAUAUGUUGUAUCUCACUAUAUUUAACUUCCUUCACGGUUAGGUCGAGACUUUGAACAAUUAAUUCCAUACCAUAUACAACAACACUGCUGCUUGGAGGAAACAGGUAUCCGUCACUUGUAUGGUCUGAAUGUGGAAUAUUAAACAGAAUACGAGGGCUCCUUAUUCGCGCCCACUUACCCACGAAAAGGGCUAAAAUGGGGCACAUGUGGGCCAAAUACUGUCAGCAUCAGUCUUUGAUGCCCAACAUGGCGUGUUUGACCACAGGUGCGGCAUCGAGGGGCUGCAUGAAAAUUUAUUAUCCAUCCCACCUGGGUUAAAAACUGUUUUAUACAAGUAUUCUGGAGAGUGUAGUUUUCCUGUAUUGCACCACGUGUCAGCUGUCUUUUCACUCACUUCCUUGCACCAAUGCCUUGCUUUUUAAAGGGGACAUAUUAUGGAAAGUGACUUUUUAAUAAAAAUGUAGACACAUUUGCUUGUUAAAAAAUUGUGCUAGUCAACACUCAAGCAGCGGCAUUUUGUAUUUCAGACAGUCUGAAAUCGCAGAGAAUGUAAUUCUGAAAAACAUUGUCCCACUUUUAGUUAGCACUCAAGCAGAAUCUGCAUCAGUCUUCUAAAGACUCACACAAGCAUAAUACCGUCCGUCCGUCUGAUGGAGACUCAAUGACUGGCUGGUUACAUCGAAGUUCAACCAAUCAAAUAUAUGCAUGGUCCUCCAAGUUCUAGUCACCAGUCAAACAUCAGGGGACGCAGUUCAGUGACUGGCAUAGAUAUAAUACACUUUCUCCACCCACAAUAGUACAGUAGGUAAAGAUCUAUUUUUUUUUUUUUUGCAAAUGACAGACUACAUAGAAACACUAUCACGUUAGCAAAACUAAUGCAGGUCUGGAAUGUUGGUAAAUGCACAAUUUAGCAUGUCGAGGAGGGGAAAAAAUGCAUAAUAUGUUUCCUUUAACGGUAUUAAUGCCAUGCUGAAAACGGUCACUCUCAGUUUUUGUUUUCCAAACUCUUAUCUGACUCAGGUCUGCUGAUGUGUAGCAAGAAAACAAGGAAACUACGGCAAGCUGUGUGGAAAAAAUGACUCAUUUAUCAGUGAUUUUUUUUUUUUUUUUUUUUUUGUCCACUGCUGGCUAACUGGGUCUGAUCCGAUGCUUAUGUCUUUCUCCUUUUUGCGACAUGCCAUUGUGUAGACCUCAGGUGGACACAUAUGCACACAAUACACACAAACACACACAGUAUGCACACACAUGCUUGACACAGAGAUGUCACCGCCGUGUAUUUGUAGCUGAGAUUUCAUUAUCGGCCUUCCUUGGAGAAACCGUAGUACUAAAUACGUUUUGAGUCUCCCCCCACGCUCCCACACACAUGCACACGCACACAUUGGAGAUAUGCACUAUGUUAUAGUAGAUGUACAGGUAGAUGUGUGAGAAUAGAGAUUAUAUUUAUGUAAUAGAAUGCAAAUACCAGUGAGAUUCAAAGGUCACAGAAAAGUUGUUGUUACAUGUGAUGUGUAUCAGAAUCCACACCUGUGCCACUAAUUCCCUCCAGCCCCACCCACCCCACCACAAGUCUGCUCACACCUCCUUUCCUUCCAU